AUGGACCUUGCGGCGUUUCCCUCGGAGGAGGAGCUUCACUCCGCCAUUCACACUCUUUCCGUUGCAGCUCAAAGUUACAGCCCUGGCGCCGAUGGCACGCAGUCACGAACCAAGCUGAUUGCUUGCGCGAAAGACCUGAUCAGUCGACUGCGCAACCCGAUGGAUAUGGCCGAUGUCCAUAUGGCAAACGCCAUGGAGCUCGUCUCUAUUCGCACGUGUCUCCACCUCAAAGCUCUACAUGCGAUCCCCUUUCCCGGCACGGCCACUCUCUAUUCGAUCGCUGAUUCCACAGACGCUAGUGAACCACUCCUGGAGCGCCUGCUUCGUAUGCUUGUUUGCACAAACUUCCUCUCCAGUCCAGCUCCGCGCGUCUACGCGCACACCAAGCACUCAUACGCUUACACUCUGGUCCCUGGGCCUGGCAUGUUUUUCCAGCUCGUCUACGAUGAAUCCUUCCUUAUGAUCGACAAUCUGCACCUCUAUCUUAGUGAUAAAGGGUUACAUGAGCCUCUCGAUCAACGCUAUUCGCCAUACGCAUGGAAAUCCAAAGCUGAGGGCAUUCCUAUCUGGGAGACUAUGGCACGUCAUCCCGAGCGGCUGCAUGCUUUCCAGGCCGGGCUGGCACAUGCGGAUGCUUCAAUUCCACUGCUGGGCUACUACGACUUCGAGCAGCUCGCUACCGAAGAUGAGGAACGCGUGGUCAUGGUAGACGUAGGAGGUGGGACGGGGCACUGCAUUGCGGACAUUCUGGACGCCUAUCCGAAUCUGAUGAAAAAGGCAGGAAAUUUUGUGCUGCAGGAGCUGCCCGCGGUGCUGAAGAAGGCCGACGAGAACCAGAGGCUACCGAAGGAGGUGAUGAAGAUGGAACAUGACUUUUGGACGGAACAGGCUGUCAAAGGAGCAAGAUCCUAUUUCUUUCGCCGCGUCCUCCACGACUACUCCGACAGUUUCUGCACGACCAUUCUCAGCAAAAUCGUACCCGCCAUGGCGCUCGAUUCGCGGAUAUUGAUCGCUGAAUUAAUGCUUCCAGAGGAGGUAACCACUAAUGACCUGGGGAUCGCAACUUUUGACAUUACAAUGUUUAACAUGGGCGGCAAGGAGCGGACCGAGGCCGGCUUUAAGGCCUUGCUCGAGAGCGUGGGCUGCGAGCUGGUCAAGGUGUGGAAGAGUACGUCGGGCUUGGGCGUCAUUGUAGAGGGGAGAUUGCGGGCGAUGGAAGAGAAAGCUCUAGAUCAAGUUGUCGAUCAGGUUGCGGGACGAGAGGCAGUCAGAGAGCCUGAUCUGCAGCCUGCAGUCAAUGACACUACCGGGGAGACUGAUGUAGGAGGAUCCAGGCUUGCCUAG